AUGGCUGCACAUGCAACGCCUACCGCAGGAACUCCAAGACCAUUUGGGGCAGCGGCGGGUCCAGUAACGACGUCCAUCCCCAACAGAGAGCCCGGCGCAGAAGAUCGACCGAGAUUCUACGUCAUGCCACCACCACCUCCACCGCCGCCAGUGCCAGGCUUGAACCCACAAAAGCCGCUCUCCUCCGUUCGUCGCUACCAGACCCAACUAGACGACCAUUCUCGUCUCGUCACCCGCCUGCUCGAAGAGAUCAGUAACCCAGACUAUCACACCUCGCACCAUUUACGCGCCAAAAUGAGCUUGGACAUCCUCUCGCACCAUCUCGACGCGUGGAAGACCUACGUCACGCAGGACGACUACGAUGACUUCGUCAAGUACUUCGACAAGCUCGAACUCUUUGAGAUCGCUGACCACUGGCAUGACUAUGCUUACACGCAUGGCCAAGGGGUUGAGCAGGCGCCGCUUUUCCAGACGAAGCCGACGACGAGCCUUUUCGGCUCUGGCACCACCACGGGCGCAGGGCUCUUCGGCUCCGGGGCCGCUACAGGAACCGGUGCAACCCUCUUCGGAACAUCCGCAAGGCCAGCUCCGCCGCCACCAACAGCGCUCUACGGCGCACCCCAGCCUCAGCCCCAGCCCGGCUUUGGUUCCACGGCGGGACUGGAUCGACCAGUGGACACGCGACCUACGCUCUCGCUCUCUCCCUCACGAGCAGCACCGCCACCGCCAGCAGCCCGACCACAGUCGCAAGCAACAUACAUCCCGCCGGUCUACCGACCACCGCCUCCAGCAGCAAGGUCAUCGGAGCCGAUAGCCUGGGACCCUGGAAAAGAAGAUACGAACCCGGAUGGAGCGCCACCAGCUGUGAAGCCAGCAGUGCCAUUCAGCUUUGCCGACCACAGUAUGCCCGUAGGUCAGCCCUCGGUGGCGAUACAGCCAACCGCAGGACGUGACGCAUCAAAUAAGCUGGACGUGGUCAGAGACACGCCUGGGCGAGUGCCGGAGGAGCUGAAAAAGGCUGUAACAGAGGGACGUGGUACAGAGAACACAUUUGUGUCGUGGGGCGCCGAUUCUGAGGAGGACGACGCCGAGGACGAGGAUUUUCCAUUUAUACUUGGAAGCGACGAGUAUGACGAGGUACGCAAGGAGCACAAAAAGGUUGACGCCCUAGACGAAGAGGAAGAGGAGGGUGAGGAGUUUCCGAUGGACAUGGAAAAGAUUCGCGCGAUGCUGUUCGAGUAUACGACCUUGACUAAGGAUGAGGUGGAAGGAGCGCUACCGUCGAUACCUGCUGUUGAAUCUGCCGCACAUACGAAGUAG